AAAUCUGCGGAGUUUAAGUAACGUUAUAUACACUCAGAAACAGAGAGAUCCCAAUACAAGUUCGUCUUCUUGGCUUUGACUUUCUGAAAGAAGAUGAUGGGAGCUUCAAGAACUGUGAUAAUGGCAUUGGCAAUUGCAGCCACAAUGGCUGUUGAAUUAGCGAUGGCAAUUAACUAUACAGUGGGUGAUUCUGGUGGCUGGGAAAUAGGCCCCAACUUCCAGUCUUGGGCUUCCUCCAAAAGCUUCACCAUUGGAGAUGUUCUCAUUUUCGAGUAUUCGUCGAACCAUGAUGUGCUUGAAGUCAAUGAGCCAGAUUUCAGCUCCUGUUCCGCAAGCAACCCCAUAGAGAAGCACACUGGCGGCAGUACAGCGAUUACCCUUUUGACAUCAGGUAAAAGAUUCUUCAUUUGUGGGGUGCCUGGCCAUUGCCUUGCUGGAAUGAAGGUUGAAAUUGACACCCUUGCAAAUCCAUCACCGCCACCUUCCUCCAUAGCUACGCCUCCAUCUCCACCGCCGGAAGUAACACCGUCUUCACCGCCACCUACUUCCACUCCCUCUGCUCCUACAUCUCCUCCUCCAUCUUCCGCCCCAAAAGCUGCAACAAAGCCACCAGCAAAGUCUCCUCAGGCUUCACCACCAGAUUCUAAACCCAGCCCUCCAGCACCACCCACGGAACCAACUCCACCAUCAUCAGCACCGACACCGGACCCUCAGAUCCCUCUGUUUCCAUUUGAUCAGCCACUGAUUCCUUCAGCAUCCCCCAAACCUCCGCCUCCUCCAUCAUUGGCUUACAGAUGCAGUUCCAGGAUUCAUCUCUCUGUUGGCUUCACCUUUGUUGCCAUAAUGCUUUUGGCUCUCUGAAAAUGUUUCAUUUUCCAUGUACAUCUUGAUGGGAUCCUACAAUUUUUUUGCUCUGAUGCUUUUACUCUACAUGAUUCCAAUGGAUAAAAAGCCUUUCACCAGCCCUUUCCA